CGCCAAUCAGCAAACGGAAACAGUUUCCACGGUUUUGUUCCGUGCACGGCGUUGUAGCGAAUUUAUCCAAACAAGGCGGUGGAAAGUUUCAAUAAACUGCGUAAAUCAAGCAGUUAAAACAAAACGAGAAAUGGCCCUUGAAUCGCGUGUUACACAGGAAGAAAUUAAGAAGGAAUCCGAGAAGCCAAUCGAUAGAGAAAAGACUUGUCCCCUUCUCCUGCGAGUUUUCACCACCAACAAUGGCCGACACCACCGCCAAGAUGAAUUUGCCCGUGGCAAUGUUCCCUCCAGUGAACUGCAGAUAUACACAUGGAUGGACGCUACACUGCGGGAGCUGACCAGCCUCGUGAAGGAAGUGUAUCCAGAAGCCAGGAAAAAAGGAACCCAUUUCAGCUUUGCCAUCGUCUUCCCUGACCUCCGAGGGAAAGUGUAUCGCUUUAAAGAGAUUGGCAAUACGGUGUCUGGCAAGAAGUGUGCUGACGACUCCAUGACGCUGCAGUCUCAGCGCUUCCAGAUUGGAGACUAUCUCGACAUAGCCAUUACGCCUCCCAAUAGAGCCCAACCCCUUGGACCACGCAUGAGGCCUUUUUGAGCUAAUACAUUCUUGACAAAUACAAAAACCAACCCCCAUUGUUACCCUAAUUUUGUAAUCUUUUUUUUUAAAUCAUCUUGUACAAUAAGAUGUUCAGUAAACACAUCUUUUGAUUGUUUUAAUUUGUUGUCAGUGUAUGUUAGUGAACGUAUUGUAGCUGCCGUUGGCAUCCUCAUUAAGUGCGUGGCACAAAUUCUCUCUGACAAACGCCUGUGCACAACGCUCCCGGUGGAUGUGUUUGGAGCGGCAGGGUUAGCUCCUCUCCCAUUCAUUUCCGAACACAGCUACUGCCGCACCAUGACCUCAAUCGGAGCGCCUCAUGCGCGCACUGCCAUUCCAUUUUAUGAAUUGACAUUCUGUUUUUGACGCUCUGAACAAAUGUCAAGUUUGAGGAACACAUUGAGUUUCCAAAUAGUCGCAGUAAACCAGUGUGUGCUUGCAUAUUGACGUUGACAACCUGUUUUACAAAUUAAGCCAGAGCUGUGAUUGGCUAUGGUGAGCCCUCGCAACCCUGGCCAUGUUGGGGUACUUGCACAAUGCAGUACUUGCGCAUAGGACAAUAACCAUCUAAAAUAUAGAUUUCAUUGCUAGGCCUGAUAUGUGUGCAAAGUUUUUUUUUGUCCUUGUCUAGACCCUCAAAAUAGCAUAAUUUAACGUUCACCUGAAAAUAAACGAUUCUUAUUCAAAUUGA